GGCCUACUGCGGACGCCGUAGUUUCCGGCGGAAACAGGAAGUUAAGAUUUUAAGAGUUUGUCAUGGCGGAAUACUUGUGUGUCAAAUCGACCAAACUCGUUCUUAAGGGAACCAAGGCGAAAAGUAAGAAAAAAAAGAACAAAGAAAAAAAGAGAAAGAGAGAAGAGGAUGAAGAAACCCAACUUGAUAUUGUUGGAACCUGGUGGACAGUAACAAACUUCGGUGAAAUUUCAGGAACAAUAGCAAUUGAAAUGGAUAAAGGAACCUACAUACAUGCACUUGACAAUGGACUUUUUACACUGGGAGCUCCACAUAAAGAAGUUGAUGAGGGUCCAAGUCCUCCAGAGCAGUUUACAGCUGUCAAAUUGUCUGAUUCCAGAAUUGCUCUGAAGUCUGGCUAUGGAAAAUACCUUGGUAUAAAUUCAGAUGGACUAGUUGUCGGACGUUCAGAUGCAAUUGGACCAAGAGAGCAGUGGGAACCAGUCUUUCAAGACGGGAAAAUGGCUUUACUGGCCUCAAAUAGCUGCUUUAUUAGAUGCAAUGAAGCAGGAGAUAUAGAAGCAAAAAGUAAAACCGCAGGAGAAGAAGAAAUGAUAAAGAUUAGAUCCUGUGCUGAAAGAGAAAUUAAGAAAAAAGAUGAUAUUCCUGAAGAAGAUAAAGGAAAUGUUAAGCAGUGUGAAAUCAAUUAUGUAAAGAAAUUUCAGAGUUUCCAAGACCAUAAACUUAAAAUAAGUAAAGAAGAUAGUAAAAUUCUUAAAAAGGCCCGGAAAGAUGGAUUUUUGCAUGAAACGCUUCUGGAUAGGAGAGCGAAAUUGAAAGCUGAUAGAUACUGCAAAUAACCACGAUUUUUGUUUUUCUCUUUGUUUUAUUUUCUGAAUAAAGUAAUCAAUGAAAUACGUGUCUUUAAAGAGUUUCUGGUUGUUAAGGAAUUCCUGCUGAAAUAACCUACUUAAUACAGAUAAAUCAAAUUAAUCUAAAUUA